AUGGAUUCAUCUGCUUUAGCCCAAACAACAGAUGAUAACAUUUCUGCACAUAUGCUUAAAGGUAAUUAUGAAAUAGCUAUCAUAUUAUUGGACCAAUUACGAAAAGAAACAAAAGUUUUGUCUCAUAGUAACGAGAUUAAAUAUAUAAACUGCCUUUAUCAUAUGCAUAGAUAUCUAGAAGCACUUGAAAACAUCAAAAGAAUCAAUGAGUCCGGUAAAUUUAUUAAAGAAUUGCAUUUUAUGAAAGGAGUUUGUUUAUAUAAACUUAAUAAGUACAUGGAUGCUGAAAAAAUAUUCCUGCAGCACACAGCAUGGGCCAGAUGGAUAAAUAAAACCAAUUUUCAACUUGCAGUCGAAAUGGAUGCAGCACAAUUUAUCGAAUUAGGGGAACCAAUUCAACAUAAUUUACUUUCAAACACUAAAAACGAAUGGUACCAAUCAAAUGAUUAUAUUACUAAUACUAUUUUUGUUAAAGGAUUAACAAAAAAUCAAGUUUCAGUUACAUUUUAUCCAUUUUCUGUUGAUGUCAUCAUUAGAGCAUCAAACAAAGAAACAUUAACAAAAUCUUUCGAGCUCUAUGGCGAAAUCAUUCCAAAAGAAUGCGAAACAAAAGUUACUCCGAUUAAAAUUGAAUUAAAGAUGAAAAAGAAAGUUCACGGCAAUUGGCCAACUAGAGAUGCAGAUUUGGAAGUCGGGCUACACAUGGAUGAUCAAGCUUUGUUUAAUUCUCUGACAGAAAUAGAAGAUAUACCUGAUACUGAUGCUCUGAAAGCAUUUGAACAGAAACAGACGGAAACAACAGGAAUUAUUCCUGCUCCACCAAGUAUUGUUUGA